CCCCCUCCAAACACCUGUGCAUCGCCGAUCCUACCCUACGGUACGUACCGUAGAACAUCGCCAUCUUCCUCGACUCUUAUUUUCUAUUGUACCGGUAAUACAAGAAGGAUUACAGAAACAUUGGUGUAGAGGACAAAACGAUGACGAGUGAUCCUUACUUUUCUAUGGCGAGAGGCUUCGGUGUCUGCAAUGUCCUCACUGCACUGUACUCCUGCGUUGCACACGUCUGGCUGGCUUUCGUGAGCAGAAAGGGCGGGGAAAAGGUUCCGAUUCCGGUGCAACCGGGAGAGGAGAUGAUGAGGAAGAAAUUCGCAAUCGUUACAGGGGCCAACACGGGUAUCGGAUUCGAAGUUAGUAGAAGAUUGGUUCAAGAAUACGGAUGGGAUGUGGUCCUGGCGUGUCGAUCGAAAGAUAAAGCAUUGACUGCGAGAGACAAAAUCAACGAUUUCGACAAAAGCUGCAACAACAGAAAGACUGCUGCUGGAAAGGCAAUAGUCCUGGAACAGGUCCUCGAUUUAAGUGAUUUUAAUUCGAUUCGAAGAUUUGCCGAUGCCGUCGAAACAGAAUACGACAACAUUGAUGUCUUGAUCAACAAUGCCGGGCGAAAUUCGUCUGGAAAAUCGCCAGGAAAUCCAAAUCUGGAUCUCAUGUUUCAGAGCAAUUAUUUGGGACAUUUCUUGUUGACAAACCUGUUACUGAAAAAGAAACUGUUGCUGCCUCCUUCGUCAGUAGCGAAAAACGGCAACAAGAUUAUAAAUUUAUCCUCUGUGAUGCACCACUUUUCAAAGGGAGAUUCAAUGAAGGGAGGAGAUUUCGAAUCAAUCUCAUCCCCUGCAUAUUGGAAACGUCGCGCGUACUACAACGAUUCCAAGAACGCUCCCUCGAAUGUAUACGCUGCGUCCAAACUCGCUGCUAUAUUGCACUCCUUCGAACUCAAUCGACGCUAUGCCGACGCUCAUCUCACUGCCAUUGCCGUGAACCCCGGUGCUGUAAAUUCUGAUAUAUGGAGAGGUUUUCCGAAGUGGAUGCGUGAAUACGUAUUCGAAAAAAUCUAUUUGACCACGAAACAGGGAAGUGAACCGAUCGUGGCAGCAGCGGUCCGAAACGAUUUGGUAGCCAAUAAAAAUAGCGAAACAGGUGCCGUCGUUUACAUCCAGCCUUAUGCGAACCCGUUUUCGAUAUUCGGUGGUCGCUUGUUUCCGAACUCAGAUGAAGUAUCUUCCUCACCACAACGAGGGCCAAUGCUCCCAUUUACGGAAAUGCUGGGACCAUUUGUGGGACACCUUCGUACGAUACCCAGGCUACCUUCAAACAAGGACGUUGCAGCAGAAACGCUUUGGAGAGUGUCCAGUGAAUUGACGGAAUUGUGAUUUACUACGAUAUGCAACAAUGGCAACGGUAGAACUUCAGGAAAGUAAUUUGCUCCACGAUAACAAUGCUCAACUUGGUCACCUUUGUUAAUGAAUAUAAAGCGCGUGGAGAUCCUGCCAUUGGCAAACUUGAACUGCUCCGCCUUUUCAACACCAAUUUCGUUACAAAAUUGCACGCGUUGUUUUUAGUGACGAAAAACACCCAAGAUACUUAAAAUGAAAGAAAAAAAUCCAAGUUUUCAAAGAGUAGAAUUUUUGGUGUAUCCCAAGGCCAAAAGCCGUCAAGGGUAACUAUUACUGGUCAUCUCAUCUUGGAUAUGUUAUCCGCAAGAUGGCAAUAGUAAGAUUCAAAUCGCAAUGACUGCCGGAGGAAAGAGGCGAAAAUUUCCUAUUCGACGAAUAUCGUGUACCUAGCAAGAGCUCAUAACGAUAGCUCCUGGUCAAUAAAAUCAUCAGCUGACAAGACUCUUUUCCGUUCCUUUUUGGUUGGCUGUUCUAGUACAACGACAUUGUCUCUCCAGUUGUGAAUCGAAGAACGUACUACUGAUGGCGUCAUUUUCUUUUUUGAACACGGAAAUAGACUUUGAUCCACAAACUUGUCGUAAAAAUCGUUGAGAUGUAAUUUGUGCAGAGGUCUCUCUAAGAGUUCCAGUUCCUUCAAGUAAGUCAAAUAGUGGUGUCGAUCCGCGAUUUUGUGGGGUUUGAAUACGGCCAGCCCGAGUCGUUGGAAAUAUUUAUCGUUUUGUUGUUCGGAGCGAUGCACGUAGAACUUGCUUGAUUCCGAGUUAAGAACAAGUUCGAAACCGGACUGACAGAAUCGUCUCUUUGACUUUCUGAUGAACGAGUUGGGAAGCAUAGUCACGAUGUCGAGAUGACCAUGAACGCUGACACACCUGAAUUUGCCUUCUCUUUCCAGACAUUCCACGGCAUCUCGAAACCCCUUAAACAAUCGUGGGAGAAGACUGUAGCGUUAGCUUCUGAAAAAUACCUCAACCCGCAAAAUUUUGCAAUCGGACUUUACUCACCUCUGUUCCCGCACGAGGGUUGGCGACCCCAACAAAAGUAACAGGACGAUCUACGUUUCCAAAUCGCGCUGCAAUCUCCAGUGCUGCUAAAAGACCUAAC